UCUGCAUGCAUUGAGCCGCCUGGCGCCAUCCUGAAAGAAUGCCUUCACUGUAAAAAAAACACGGAGAGUGAGCGAGAGCGAGCGACCGAGAGAGAGGGAGAGAGAGAGAGAGUUGCUGCGACGCAUAAACACGCAGAUUUGUUCAGUUUCAGCUUCACUCGAGUCAGUUAGCAGUGACCCAUCUCUUUCGGGCAAGGUGACCAAAGACCGUUGAUGUAAAAGAAGAAACCUGUGGAUUUAACACUGCAUGAGAUUGGACUGAUUUGCAGUUUUUUUUUUUACUGUGCUAUUACUAUUAAAUUUCCUUGUGUAUGAAAGUUUGGUAUUAGCAAUGGAAGUUACAGCGGAUCAACCCCGGUGGAUGAGCCAUCACCAUCCAGCUGUACUGAACGGACAGCAUCCAGACUCACACCACCCGGGCCUCAGUCAUUCUUACAUGGACCCCUCUCAGUACCCUCUCGCUGAUGAUGUGGAUGUACUUUUUAAUAUAGACGGACAAGGCAACCAUGUCUCUCCAUAUUACGGAAACUCAGUCAGAGCUGUUCAGAGGUACCCACCUCCCCCACACGGUAGUCAGGUUUGUCGUCCACCCCUUCUUCAUGGCUCUCUGUCCUGGCUGGAUGGAAGCAAAGCUCUGGGCUCUCACCACAGUACUUCGCCCUGGAACUUGAGUCCCUUCCCCAAGACUUCGCUCCACCACAGCUCCCCCGGAGCCCUCUCAGUUUACCCACCGGCAUCGUCCUCUUCCCUGUCAGCGGGCCACUCCAGUCCCCACCUUUUCACCUUUCCCCCGACCCCUCCUAAAGAUGUCUCGCCAGACCCGGCCAUUUCCACUCCGGGCUCAAGCAGCUCCAGCCGUCAGGAGGAAAAAGAGUGCAUUAAAUACCAAGUAGCCCUGUCGGACACCAUGAAGUUGGAGUCGGCUCACAGCAGAAGCAGCAUGGCCUCACUAGGAGCCGGGGCAUCAUCUGCUCAUCACCCCAUCGCAACUUACCCUUCUUAUGUCCCUGAGUACGGCCCUGGCCUCUUCCCACCAAGUAGCCUGAUAGGUGGGUCAUCUUCUAGUUAUGGUUCCAAAACACGACCAAAAACAAGGUCUUGUUCAGAAGGUAGAGAGUGUGUAAACUGUGGAGCGACUUCUACCCCUCUCUGGAGGCGAGAUGGCACUGGUCACUAUUUGUGUAACGCCUGCGGACUCUAUCACAAAAUGAACGGGCAGAAUCGACCCCUCAUCAAACCCAAGAGAAGGCUGUCUGCAGCUAGACGGGCAGGAACGUCUUGUGCAAAUUGUCAGACCACCACUACAACACUCUGGAGGAGAAAUGCGAACGGAGAUCCAGUCUGUAAUGCUUGUGGACUUUAUUUCAAGUUGCACAAUAUCAACAGACCACUGACCAUGAAGAAGGAAGGUAUCCAAACCAGAAACCGAAAGAUGUCCAGCAAAUCAAAGAAGAGCAAAAAGUCGCAUGACAGUAUGGAUGAGUUCUCCAAGAGUCUCAUGGACAAGAACAGCUCAUUCAGCCCCGCUGCUCUCUCCAGACACAUGUCCUCCAUCAGUCACAUUCCUCCUUUCACCCACUCUGGUCACAUGCUGACAACUCCAACGCCAAUGCACCCUUCAUCGAGUUUGCCAUUUGCACCUCACCAUCCCUCCAGUAUGGUCACUGCCAUGGGUUAGACUGCUUGCAGGAAACUCACAAGAUGAAAGCCUUUUUGUAAAGUGUAUUUCUCGAAACUGAAAGCCUAAAAGACUGAAAAAGUUCUGCCCUGAGAAAGCUUUCAAUCCUCAAAAACAGAUACCACUCUUAACGGAGCUCACUGUGGUGUCUAUGUAUUCUCAACCACUGAAUCUGGAUUCCAUUUGUGUAUAAGCCAUUUUUUAACCUUAUGUAGACUUCUCACCCUGUUAAACAGGGCCCCUUGUACUGUGAAAUAAGGAGAUGAACUUUGAAUAUAUUUGUACAAAUUGUAUGAAAUACAGUACAUUUAAUGAAGACUUUUUAAAGGCCUGUGGGCAGCUAUAAGAAGGGUACGAAUGACUUCAGAUGAAAACAAAAGGAAACAUCAGAAUGGGAGAGAACUGAUAGGAGGCUACCUACACCCCCUCUUCAUGAAAGUAGUGGACAAAACUGCCAGAUCUGCUCAUUCACUGGCGGAAGUUGUUUGAUGCAUUAAACUUGUAGACAGAUCAAUCAUCCAGGCUGUGGGCCUCCAAAUAGGAAGUACUAUCAGUUCCAGGCAAUCGGUGUUAACACAGAUAUUGCCAAUAAGGAUUUUUUGAAAGACAUUUUCCUGGCCUACAGUAUAUGCAUUGUGAACAAGUUCCUGUAUUUGUUAUUUGUAUGUAUAAUUCAGAGUACCAAAAAUAUGAAAGAAACAAAGAUGUAGAACUAUUUCUUUAUGUAAUGCAGACUGAAUGGUUGUAUAAAUUUAAUAAUUGCUAGUGUAAAAAAAGACUGCUUUUUGUUUCGUAUUUUUUUCUUUCUUUUAAAAUAAACUAGUUUAACUCUGUUGACCUGAUGUUAGACUUCCUCAAAAGAAUUUUAUUUUUGUUUGAAGUUUAAUAGAUGGUUUUACUGGCACUGCGGUUUAUGUUUUUCCCUUUUACCACAAGACUUCUUUGGUGGGUGUACAGGAAAUACAGAAAUACAUAUUAACACUCAAGGUCUCAAGUCCCAAACCCUGCCGAAGUGAUAAAACCAUGUCUUAUGCUUUUUUUAAACUCAUUUGACGAAGUGCUACUUCUAUAUAAAAUGGAGUGAUUAAAAGACUAGUUAUAAAGUGUUUGGCUGGUGGGAGGAAUGUGUCAUUAUCAAUGCAAUUUCCAUAUAACAUGAAACAUGACCCAGUACAAUACUGAAAAGAGAUUCAGAUAUCAGCUUGAAUGAAUAUGUUAGCUUGUUGUCUAACUGAAAUAAGUCCUCCUCAUGGAAAUUUCGGUCACUGAAUUUGUAAGCGCUUUGAAUAUCCUUAGUGCCUGUAGGUGUGGUUGAAUACGAAAUUAGCAGAAGAAAAACAGAUCUCACUCCACCUGUCUGUCCGACAGAUUAUUUGUCUGUCUGCCUGCCUGUCUGUCUAUGAAAUGGUAAAAUAGUCAUUACAGAUAUUUCAUACUCGUAAGGCAAAUUUGCCUACUUUGGUUAGAGUGGAUUUUAAGUAUGGGGUGACAGUUACCCUAAAAAACAAAAUAUAUCACUAAUGCCUUUCCUUUGCUGGUCAUUUCAUUUUACAAUGUAAAUACAGGUUUAUAACAUCACAUUAACGCUACUUUAUGCGAGGAGAGGAAACAUAUAUCAUCACCCUUCAAAUGCAUUCUGAAAACCUCAUUGAAGAAAAAAAAUGCCAUAUGACACCACAGGAGGAAUGGUUCAGUGAUAAAUUCUUCCCGUGGACAAGUCUGCUAUCCAUGCAAUUUAAUAAGGGAUUUGCUAAUAUAACGUACUUCCAGAGUGCACAAAACAUAAGCACACAUAUCUGAAUGAGUAGAACAGUUUAAUUGUUUUUGGUAAUUUGGUGACCUUAUUUCUAAUAAAAACAGGAACUGAGCAGUUGUUUUAACCUACCUAAAUUAACCACAUUGUGGUAAGAAUAUAGUGAUGCUCCAGCAGUUUCAUCCUGUGAUAUUUCAUGGCUGCCAUGCUUGUAAAGAAUUAAUAUGUAUUUGCAGCACAAUAUAAUAAAUUAAUAAACAAUUGAAAUGAAAAUCUUGGAUGUUACAUGUUGAAUUCAUAGGGGGAAAAUGGAUUUUCAGUGGGCAGGUUAAAAAGACAAUCAGUUGUCUGUUAAUUACAGACAGUUGUCAAUUACAAUUGUAUAAUUCUUUUAAAAACAGUACAGUAUAUGUCCAAAACAUUUUAAUUUGAAUGCAAUUAAAACACAAAAGCA